CGUGGAACAGAACCACACCAUACGGAGGUUGGAAAGGACACCUAGAGGUCAGCUCAUCCCUCCUCCUGCUCAGAGGAGGUCCAGGCAGGUCAGGUUGCUCAGUGCCUUGUUCCUGUCAAAUUUCGAAUGCCUCUGAAGGCAGAGAACCCACAUCCUGAAUACCUCCAUGGUGAACUAAUUUCUCCUCAUAUAUAACCAGAAUUUCCCUGUUGCAAUUUGUAUCCUUUUGCCCUUCAGCUCUUGCCUCUCCAGGCUGAGUCUGGGUCUGUUUUUCCAGCGCUCUCUACUAGGCAGCUGUACUGGCCUUUGCCUUCUCCAGGCUGAGCAAGCCCAGGUCCCUGUGUCUCUCCUCAUACAUCAUGUGCCCUAGUCCCCUGGCAGUUUGGUGGCCCUACACCACCAAGGGUGGGCUCACUCCAGUCUUUACCAGCAAGGCCAGAACUGGAGAUAGCACUUCAGAUGUGGUCUCACAAGUGCUGAACGGAGCGAAGGAUCACUUCAUUCAGCCUGCUGGAUAACAUGCGUGCUAUAUAGCCCUGUAGGCAGCUGGUCUUUGCUGCAAGGGCACCUUGUUGGCUCAGGCUCAGCAGAACACCUCAGGCCAGUCUCCCAAGAGCUGCUUUCUUCACAUUUGGCAUCCAGCCUGUGCUGGCACACAGGGCUAUUCCCUCCCCAUGCAGGACUUUGCAUUGGCCUUUAACUUAAUUUGCAAGUGCAAACUUAGGCAAUAGGUGGCACUAAUUGGAUGAUGUAGCUUGCAUUGUCACCAGGAGAGCGUCACAGCCAAAGAGAAAGCCAGAGGAGGAGACACCUGGGUUGCUUUGCUCAGAGCAGCGGCCAUUCAAGGAGGACCAGACAUGUGGCAGGAGUUCCUUCCAAAUGCCUGGGAGAGCCUGUUGUCCCGUAUCAGGUCUUUUGAAUUUUCUCAGAAGAAUGCAGUCCUGGUCCCUGUGGCUGCCCUGGGGGUUGGAGGGAUGCUGGUUUGCUGGAUGAGGUCUAGACACAAGAUCAAGACUCUUGAAAUGGGAGAUGGAUGGUGGGGCUCAGGUGAAAGACCCCUGAAAGGGAAAGAAGAUGAAAGUAUCCGUCCCUUCAAGAUUGAAACAUCUGACAAAGAAAUUGAGGACCUGCACCAUCGCCUGGACCGGGCCCGCUAUGCUCCACCACUGGAAGGGGCUGCCUUCCACUAUGGCUUCAACUCUAACUACCUGCAGAAGGUGGUGGCCUACUGGAGGAACCAGUUUGACUGGCACAAGCAAGUGGAAGUCCUGAACAAAUACCCCCAUUUCCUAACCACCAUUGAAGGGAUCAAUAUCCAUUUUAUCCACGUGAAGCCGUCCUACGUCCCUCACGGUCGAGCUGUUCAACCUCUGCUGAUGGUCCAUGGCUGGCCUGGCUCUUUCUAUGAGUUCUACAAGAUCAUCCCUCUGCUCACAGAGCCGGCCAAGCAUGGCCUGACAGAGGGUGACGUGGUAUUUGAAGUCAUCUGCCCAUCCAUUCCAGGCUAUGGCUUCUCGGAGGCACCACACCAGAAAGGCUUUGACACUGUAGCAGCUGCUCGUAUAUUUCAUAAACUGAUGAAGAGAUUGGGCUUCAAGGAAUACUACCUACAAGGAGGAGACUGGGGAUCUGCUAUUACCACAAACAUGGCCCAGAUGCUGCCACAAUCCGUGAAAGGGCUUCACCUGAAUAUGGUCUUCAUCGCCAUACAAGGUUUGGGAAGGAUGAUUUCUGUGAUGCUUGGGGCUUAUGUACCAUGGCUCGUAGGCCUCACUAGGGAAGAUGUUCGACGUGUGUAUCCUUUUGCCCAGAAGAACAUAUAUAAUAUUCUGCGAGAGUCUGGAUACUUCCACAUCCAAGCCACCAAACCAGACACUGCAGGUUGUGGACUGAAUGACUCCCCCGUGGGUCUUGCUGCAUAUAUUUUGGAGAAAUUCUCUACCUGGACAGAUAAUUCAUUUCUGGACAAAGAUGAUGGAGCCUUGGAAAGCAAAUACUCUCUUGAUGAGCUUUUGACCAAUGUGAUGAUUUAUUGGGUGACAUCCUCCAUUGUGUCCUCAAUGCGAUUCUACAAGGAGAACAUGUCCAAAUUCCCUGGUCCAGGUGCUGAUCCCAGGCUUGGAGUACACGUUCCUACAGGGAUUGCAGCCUUUCCUCAGGAGAUAACACAUACACCACGGACCUGGGCAAAGGAUGUCUUCAAGAACAUAGUCACUUACUCCUACAUGCCACAGGGAGGUCAUUUUGCUGCCUUUCAGGAACCAAAACUUCUGGCACAAGACAUCAUGCACUUUGUCAGAAAGGUGGAACAGCUGUGAACCUGCAGUUUAGAUACAUAGAAGAGGUGUUCUGCCACCGACAGAACCUUUACUGUGAGGCAUUAAAUAAACCCAGUGUAAUCACAUACAAAA